GCAGCUCUCAAAACCCUCUGAGUGUUCAGUGAUGCUGCAGACAACAGUGUCUGACGGAGCACACGCGAUCCAGCCGAGUCACCCAUGAGCUUUAAUCAGGAGAUACGCUUCGUCCACAGAAUAUGCCACCAUGAACCUGACGCUGAGCUCCGAGCCCGGAUUAUUCCUGACCGACAGCUCCCCGGGGAUGCGGGCCAAUCCCGUCACAGCGUUUGUACCACAUGACAUCCAGACCGCCAAUGAUUCGCAAGCCACCAAUCUGACCGCCAAUGCCACUCUCGGACACACAAUCUGGCAGAUCGUGAUGAUCGUGUUCCUCUGCGGCUCGCUUUCCAUAGUUACCAUCACCGGGAACAUCCUGGUCCUGGUGUCCUUUAAAGUCAACAAGCAGUUGAAGACGGUGAAUAACUACUAUUUGCUCAGCCUGGCGUUCGCAGACCUCAUCAUCGGCGUGCUUUCGAUGAACCUCUACACUACGUAUAUAAUCAUGGACCACUGGGCGCUUGGGAACUGGGCCUGCGAUCUGUGGCUUGCCGUUGAUUAUGUAGCCAGCAAUGCUUCAGUGAUGAACCUGCUGGUCAUCAGCUUCGACCGGUACUUCUCCGUCACGCGUCCGCUGACGUACAGAGCCAAACGCACCACUAAGCGAGCCAUGACCAUGAUUGGAUUGGCCUGGUCCAUUUCGUUCAUCCUCUGGGCGCCAGCUAUCCUCUUCUGGCAGUAUUUCGUCGGGGAACGAACGGUUCCUCCGGAUGAAUGCUACAUCCAGUUCCUCUCGGAGCCGAUCACCACUUUCUGCACAGCCAUCGCUGCUUUCUAUCUGCCUGUUACCAUCAUGACCGUCCUCUACUGGCGGAUCUACAAGGAGACGGAGAACCGCUCCAAAGAGCUGGCUGGACUCAAG